AUGUCCAUGUCAAUGAACGGAAGAAAAUUCGUGGAGAAUUUCACCUACGCCCUUGAGCAUGAUUUUACUUCUCCCUCUGGGGUGCCUGCAGCCUGGGCUCCAGGCCAUCCGAAACGAUGGGGUCAAGAGAGAGCGAAGAUUCGCCUGGACGGAGCAGCAACAACGCCCACUCUUAGUCCCGAUGAUAGAUUUGUUGCAGUUGGGGUUGACGAAGAAGUACACGUCUUCGAUGUUGCUACGAAAGAGCGUCUCGAAGUGUUGGCAGUUGGCGAGCUGAUCGAGACGGUCAAGUUUGCACCAGAUUUUGUUAAGAACGAAGAUGGCAAGUCUACCUGCUAUGUUCUGGCAUCACAAGCUGGUGAGGAUGGGAAUCCCAUGGUCAUUCUGUGGGAGCUGGAUCAGAAGGGAAAACUCGCAGCCAUGACAAGCCACGAGCAAGAACACAGACUAUGCUUUGAGGGCGAGCUGGGCUCAUUCAGUCCUGACGGCAAGAUGAUGGUCUUUUUCAGUCAGAACGAAACAACCCAAGAAGAUACACAGGAGGCUGCCUCUAUUCCCUGUGUCAAUCUAUGGGAUAUCGAAACUAGAUCCUUUCGACACAAACUGCUGGGCCACACGGACAGGGUAAUGUGGGCUGCCAUGGCCCCCGAUAACAAGCUGGUUGCAUCUGUCGCAUGGGAUGGCACAGCACGGGUCUGGGAUGCUAGUUCUGGAUCCUGUCUUUACGUCUUAGGCCCUUUUGGCGGCCAGCUCUGGAGCGGAGCCAUCUCUCCGGAUCAAAAGUACCUUGCCAUCAUCCAGGGAAACCCGAAGUCCUAUGUGCACGUCUACGACAUCGCUACGGAGCAGCCAGUGUCUUGCUUUGAUGGGUUUCAUCUUCCACCACGUUCUAUAUCCUGGAGCCAUGAUGGGGCCAUGCUAGCUGGCGGGGCUAAUGAAGGAAAGCUUUGUAUCUGGGAUCCAUACACAGGGGAGGAGCGGAUGCGAUGGUGCCUAGCAUUUGAUAAUCCCCUAAUGCGUCGAUUUGCUACCACUAGAGCCGUGCAGUUUAUAGAAGGUGGCCGGAAGUUGGUGUUCCAGAUCAGAGAGGGAACCGUGGAGUUUUCACACGGGGGGUGGGGGAUAGAAUAG